AUGGAUAAUUUUCCAAAUGCGUCGUCUUAUUUCCAAGCAUUGAAACUGAUAGCCGAACAACUCGGCAAUGUUGGGGCUCCGAUCAGCGAGGAUCGCCUGGUCCUCCGCCUUGUGACAAGCCUCUCAAGUGGGUACGAUAGUCUCGCCACCAUCAUUCAACAAUUUGAUCCGCUGCCAUCUUUUUACAAAGCGAGAUCUAUGCUCAGACUUGAGGAAACCCGUCGCAAUAAGAACACUGGUGUCGAGUCUGCCCUCCUCCACACACAAUAUGAUGUUUCUUAUGUCACUCCAAAUCGGUCUUCUGAUGCUGCACCUUCUCGCUACAACAACCGCAACACCGGAGGUCGUGGAAAGCAAUAUCGUGGCAAGGGAAAUAAUAAUCACAAAGGUAACUCUUACAAGGAUUCCUCUGACAAUAACAAAAAUAACUCUGGCACAAAUAACAAACAGGGAAAUCAAUCUGCUUCUUGGACAUGGGUUCCUUUUACGCCUCCCUCUUGGCCACAACAACCAUCUUGGAACCCACGUCCAAUACCAUACCCUAUCAUGGGCUGGGUUACUUCUGCUACUGGUCGUGGUGCUGGUGUUUUGUGA